GUGGCAGCGGCAGUGGCGUUUGGACUAGUCGUGGGCUUCGUGGAAGGACCCACCAAAGCGUCAGAGUUCUUUGCGGGGUAUCUAUUGGAGCAGAGCCUGUCCGUGGACAAUCUCUUUGUGUUCGUCCUCAUCUUCUCUUACUUCAAAGUGCCCACCGCCUACCAGGUACGUACGUGCCACUCACGCUCUCUCUCACAGCGUACCAGGUACGUGCCACUCACGCUCUCUCACAGCCUACCAGGUGGGUGCCACUCACGCUCUCUCACAGCCUACCAGGUGGGUGCCACUCACGCUCUCUCACAGCCUACCAGGUGGGUGCCACUCACGCUCUCUCACAGCAUACCAGGUGGGUGCCACUCACGCUCUCUCACAGCCUACCAGGUGGGUGCUCUGCUCUCUAUCUACCAUCCUACUACCACCCCUUUCCAACCUCUGUCCGUGGACAAUCUCUUUCUCUUCCUUCCCAUCUUCUCCUACUUCAAACUGCCUACAGCCCAAGCCUACCAGGUGGGUCCUCGUGCUCUGCUCUACCACUCCUUCCCACCGCUUCCCAUCCCACCACCACCCCUUCCCACUGCUCUCGGUGGACGUUCUCUUGGUCGUCGUCCUCAUCGUUUCCUACUUCAAAGUGCCUACAUACAGCCUACCAGGUGGGUGCUGAUUACUGCCCCAUCUCUUCCCACUACCACCUCACCCCUCUCCAAACGUUGUACUCACGCAUUACUGCCCCAUUCGCUCCCUCUACUCCCUUCCCAUCCCACUACCACCUCACCCCUCUCCAACCCUUACCACCCCUACCAACCGACGUCAGUGAACAAUAUCUUUGCCUUCUCCUACUUCAUCGUGCCCACCGCACAUCAGCCUCGGGUGCUCACGUAUGGCAUCGCUGGAGCUGUGAUCUUCCGAGCCAUCAUGAUAGGUCUGGGCAUUGCGGCCAUUCAAGCCUUUGAAGCGGUCAACCUGCUGUUUGCCGCGGUUCUCAUAUUCUGCUCCUACAAGCUUCUUGCAGAGGCAGAGGACGAGGAUGACGACCUCUCCAACAACUCAGUGGUCAAGUUCUGCCAAAAGCUCAUCCCUAUAACAGAUUACUACGACGGUAACAAGUUCUACACCACAACAGCAGCAGGCGUGCAAAUAGUCAGUACACAAACCCCGGACCCUCAUGUUCCCUUUCUUUUAGCCACCUUUUGA